AUGGCUGAAAAGGAAAUAUUCAGUGUCACGAAAUUUGACGGCACAAACUUCGAAUUGUGUAAGUAUGGCGUGUCGCUAAUGUUGGAAUCGCAAGAUUUGCUGGAGUACGUUGAAGGGACGGAUUUGCAGCCCGAUAAAUUGACGAAGGUAAAGGAGUGGAAGGAAUGGAGAAAACGACAGUCAAAAACGUCAGUGAUUCUACUGAGUUCAGUGGAACCGGUGUUACAUAUUAAUUUAGUAAAUUGCGUGACACCAAAAGAAAUUUGGCAGAAGCUCCAUGAACUGUAUGGCGAUACUACGGAGGAUGCGAAACAACGCUGUUGGCAACAGUUCUAUGAUUUCCGUAUAACAGAUGGUGAGUCAGUUGCGACUCAGAUUGAAAAAUUUGAAAAAAUCUGCAGGAAAUUAGACAAUGCAGAUGACAAACCGUCAGAUACGGCCAUUAUGUCGAAGUUACUGAAUAGUUUACCGGCAAGAUUUUCUACAUUCAGAAUGGCUUGGGAAUGUACCGCCAGAGAAGAGAGAAAGAAAGAAAAUCUGAUUGGAAGAAUUAUUCGUGAAGAUAAGCGAUUACAAGUAACAGAGGAAGAAACCUCAUCGUUGGCAUUACAAGUGCAAGCAUUGCAGGCGAGACUUGAUAAUCAAGUAAAGCAAGGCACAAGUGGAGAUCGUAAAGAUAAACAGAAAACAGGAAAGAAGAAAAUUGAUGAACUCAAGAAAAAACACCCAUGCAAUUACUGCCAUGAGAAAGGUCACUGGUAUCGUGAAUGUAAGAAAAGGCUAGCAGAUGGAAAGAAAACGAAGUCCGAGCAAGCGUAUGUGUGCGACAUAUCGGUAUUUUUCUCGGAAACCACAGAUGAUGACGAAUCGGUGUGGCUAGCUGAUUCGGGUGCUAGUAUGCACAUGACAUUCAAACGAGACUAUUUUAGUGAACUUGGCCCUGUGAAAAACAUACGGUGUGUGAAAAUUGCAGGAAAUAAGUUACUCCCAGUAACGGGUGUCGGUACUAUAAACAUUCAAGUGACCGUGAACAAGAAACUUGAAAAUCGUCAGUUGACAAACGUGUUGUUGGUUCCGGAUUUGAAGCGUAAUCUGUUUUCAGUGGGAGCUAUAACGGACAGAGGGUUCUCAUUUCAUAGUUAUCAUGAUCGAUGUGAGGUACGAGAAUCAAGAGGAGAAUUCGAUGUAAAAACGGCGUUUUUGUAUGGGGAACUAAAAGAGAUCAUUUACAUGGAGCAGCCUCAGGGUUUUGUAGAUAAAACGAAUCCUGUUCUCUGGCAGA